AUGAGAAUGGCAUGGGUUUCACUCCAUAAAGAUGAUUUACUGCGCCCAAAGAUACGAAGUGCUUCACGUCUGCCAUCCCAAAAACAGAGCAAUUAUCAAACACCUCCUCUGGAAGAGCUUCAGCGCCUGCUUUGGGCUCACAAACCUUCCACAGGCCACGUGAAUGAAGUCUGGCCAAACCUCUUUGUGGGAGAUGUGUAUACAGCUCGUGACAAAGAUCAGCUGCAACACAUGGGCAUCUCCAACAUUGUGAAUGCUGCCGCAGGCAGAUUUCACAUCAACACUGGAGCCAAGUUCUACAGAGACCUGCCUGUGGAUUACUAUGGAAUAGAAGCAGAUGAUGAUCCAAAUUUUGAUCUCAGCAUUUACUUCUAUCCUGUUGCUAGGUAUAUAAGAGCUGCACUAAAGUCUCCAAGAGGCAAAGUAUUGGUUCACUGUGCAAUGGGGAUCAGCCGAUCAGCAACUCUUGUGCUUGCCUUCUUAAUGAUCUGUGAAAGCUUGUCCCUUGUGGAUGCAAUUCAGACUGUGCGUGAACACAGAGCGAUCUGCCCCAAUUCCGGCUUCCUCAGGCAACUUCGGGAGCUGGACAUCCGAUUAAGGAGAGAACAGCUAGAACGAACAGACUCCUUCAGGCUUUAGCUACAGAUACAUCUCCAGAUUCCCAAACAAGAGAACUGGGUUGCCCUUCUGAAGACCGCAUCUCUGCAAGAUGCAUAAACCUGGAAGAUACUGUGUUUGGAGAACUCUGUCUGGGACUUUCAUUGCACAAGUCGUCAGAAAAAGGGGUCCUAGUUUAUUUAAGUGACAAUGUGCUUGCCAAUUCAAAGACGUGAAAUAAAGAGGCAAUCCGUAUGGUACA